CGCACAUUGGCAACGAGCGGAAGUCUUUCAGCGUGAGUAAGUGUGAGGGGGACAGAGGUGGGAGACUGUCCCGUUCAACAAAAGUGAUCCUUCAGGGAAAGUUGCCGGUGGGAGUACAUUCAGCGCUGGUUAUCAACUCUAAACAAGCUCGACAAGAAUGGAGAUCGAGAAAGAAGUUAAAAAGAUAACCCUGGGCCAUGAGAUUGGAGCCGGAGCUGCCUGUCUGAAAUGCAAGGACAAGUGUGAAGGCUUUGAGCUUCACUUCUGGCGAAAGAUUUGCCGAAACUGCAAGUGCGGCGUUGAGGACCAUGACGUGCAGCUCGAGUCUGAGGAGAAUAAGAAGGUGGGGAAGCUUUUUGAGGACACCAAGUACACUGGCCUUAUAGCCAAGUUGAAGAGAGAUGGCCUCCCGUCUUAUAGAGGCAACCAAGUUACCUUCAGCAUCCCGGCCGCCGCCAUCAGCACUGCUACUCCUGUUUCUCCUUCCACCUUUGUCCCCGGCUCCAGCCAGACCUCCUCCCCCAGCACUCAGUCUGCUCGUGCCCCACCUGUUGGUGCCACUGCGGCCCCAGGGGCAGCAAUUCACUCCCCUGCUGCACCAGGGGUGGCAAUUCACUCCCCAGCCGCCCCUGGGGCGGCAAUUCACUCCCCUGCUGCCCCAGCAUCAGGCCGUAUUGCUGCAUCAGGGACAGGCCAUACUGGUACCAUCCCAUCUAAAGGCCCUGGUGCUGCCACAACUGUUGUCCCAACCCUCACUGCAGUGCCUGCCAAGACAGAUGUGGUUAAGUCCGUUACUUAUGAAUGGGCUCCACCUGGGAUCAACCAAUGCAUGGCCCUGCGCUACAUGGAACUUCUGCCUCCGGAGCAGCGGCCCAUCGCUGGUUCGGCGGGAGCAGAUUACCGUAAGAAGCAGAUGGCCAAGCAGCUUCCUGACCACGACCAAGACCCUGAGCGCUGCCACGAACUCUCACCCAGCGAGGUUAAACUAAUGCAGCAGUAUGUCCGAAAGUACAAGGAUGAGGCGUUGGGCGUAGGCGACAUCACCGUGCCCGAAGAGAUGGGGCUCCAGGCAGGUUUGGCCGGGGAAAAGGGGCCUCAAGGUCUCGGGGCUGGAGGGAAACCAGGUGCUGGAACAACAGGGAUGCCUGGAGACAAAGGUGAUGCUAUUGCUACAAUGGGAAAAGUUGGCGCCCCAGGGGCUUCUGGGACUUCAGUCGGUGGACCUGCUGGUAACUAUCUGAACUCAUCACCGGAUCUCUGCCCACAGUCAUGUCACCGGUGCCAGCUGCCCAUGAAGAAGGGUGAGCCAGCUGUUUACGCCGAGCGGGCCGGCUACGAUAAACUCUGGCACCCUGCAUGCUUUGUGUGCUGUAACUGCAGCGAGCUCCUGGUGGACAUGAUCUAUUUUUGGAAGAAGGAUCAGCUGUACUGUGGCCGGCAUUAUGGAGAUAGCGAAAAGCCUCGGUGUGCAGGUUGCGAUGAGCUCAUCUUCAGUAAUGAGUACACUCAGGCCGAGGGCCAUAAUUGGCACCUGAAGCACUUCUGCUGUUUUGAAUGUGACUGUGUGCUGGCUGGAGAGACCUACGUCAUGGAGAACGACAAGCCUGUUUGCAAACCCUGCUACAUGAAGAACCAUGCUGUGUGUUGUGCGGCCUGUCAGAACCCCAUCGAGCCUGAAGCUCAGCGUGUGUCGUAUGGAGAGCACCAUUGGCACGCUGAGCCCCAGUGUUUCCAGUGCUCCUGCUGCUCCAAGUGCCUCAUGGGCCAGCGCUUCAUGGCCCUGCAGGGAAUGCUGCUCUGCUCCGUAGAGUGCAAGAAAAAGAUCAUGGCCUCCUGAAGGAACCCCUAAGAAUUCAACUUUUUUUUUUUAGAGCACUGCAAGCCAGUUUCAUUCAAUUACAAUUACACAUAAAUAUAUACUGCCACUAUUGUAGAAAUUAAUGACCAAUCUUAGUAUUUCUCAUUCAAAAGACAUGAAAAUGAAGCAGUACGUUUGAGCAGCUGCUGGUGACCCAACUUAAUAAGUGUUGUCAAUGUGACCGUGUCUUUAUUAUUAAUAAUUUAGUAUUAAUAAACAGAAGCAAUGAUGGCUUUUGUUCUUUGGCUACUGAAAA